CGGCGCUCCGCCCACGUUGAUUAGAUUCACCAUAAACGACUACCCCUCCCUCCCAGGCUCCCACCACCACCACCCGACUCCCCAGGUAUUCGCGGAUCGAAACUUCCCCAAAUCUCCUCUUCUUCUUCGCCCGGAACCUUCCAGAAGCUUCUCGAACCCGCCGAGCCGCGGGCGAGAUCCAUCCGGUGCCGGAGCCGCAUCUGCGAUGGUGAAGGAGACCGCCUACUACGACACCCUCGGGGUCAGCGUCGAAGCCUCCCCCGCCGAGAUCAAGAAGGCCUACUACGUCCAGGCCAAGCUCGUGCACCCGGACAAGAACCCUGACAACCCCGACGCGGCGCGCAAGUUUCAGGAACUCGGAGAGGCCUACCAAGUCCUAAGCGAUGCAGCGAAAAAGGAUGCUUAUGAUAAGUAUGGAAAGGAGGGUCUUCCCCAGGAUAACAUGGUCGAUCCUGCUGCUGUCUUUGGUAUGCUUUUUGGAAGCGACUACUUUGAAGACUAUGUCGGUCAGCUUGCUUUGGCAUCCAUAGCUUCAGUGGAGGUUGAUGAAGGCUUGAACAGUCAAGAGACCAGAGCAAAGGUUCAAGACAAGAUAAAAGAGAUGCAAAAAGGAAGAGAGGAAAAGCUUACUCAGAGCCUAAAGGACCGACUUCAACCAUAUGUGGAUGGUAGAAAGGAGGAAUUCGUGGACUGGGCAAAUGCAGAAGCUAAGCGUUUAUCCGAAGCAGCUUUUGGUGAGGCUAUGCUUCACACUGUUGGAUAUAUUUAUGUACGGCAAUCGGCAAGAGAACUCGGAAAGAGUAAAUUGUAUAUGGGUGUACCGUUCAUAGCUGAGUGGGUAAGAGACAAGGGCCACACCAUUAAAUCGCAAGUUAGUGCUGCUUCAGGUGCUAUCGCUCUCAUACAGCUGCAAGAAGGAAUGAAAAAGAUUGAGGAAGGUGCCAAUAAGGAAGAGCAGCUUAUGAAGAGUUUUGAGGAGAAAAAAGAGGCCAUGCUUAAUUCUCUAUGGAAAAUCAACGUGGUUGAUAUUGAGUCAACACUUUCCCGAGUGUGCCAAGCAGUUCUAAAAGAUAACACUGUCCCAAAAGAUGUUCUGAAGUUCCGAGCAAAAGCGUUGAAAAAGCUUGGAACGAUAUUCCAAGGCUCAAAGUCUCUCUACUACCGCGAGAACAGCCUACGCGUUGAAACUCCGACAAAACCGGACGGUGCAGCGUCACACUGAAGACUGAGAACAUUAGAACACUUUAACCAUUUGUGAAUCAUUCGGAUAUUUGUGAGUUACGUAUUGUCUGCAUGUAAUAUUUUGAUACCAGCAGGUCGCUUUGGUUGCACCUGUGGUUUCCUUAUUUUUUUGUAAGAAGCUGGAUGCUGAACACGAAGCAUUUCUUGUAUUGAAUCCGGCAUCCUAGUUCGCCAGUGUACUCCA